AUGUUUGCUGGCAGUAGAACGUCUAAAGGUGUUUUUGAGAAGGUUGGAGAGGCCACGGAGACGGCUCUGACCUGCCUGGUGGAAAAGAUGAACGUCUUUGACACUGACGUCAGGAGCCUGUCUAAGAUCGAGAGAGCCAACGCCUGCAACUCAGUGAUCAAGCAGCUGAUGAAGAAGGAGUUCACCCUGGAGUUCUCCAGAGACAGGAAGUCCAUGUCUGUGUACUGUUCCCCCAACAAGGCCAAAUCCUCUUCUGCUAAGAUGUUUGUCAAGGGAGCUCCAGAGGGAGUGAUUGAGAGGUGCACAUACGUGCGAGUGGGUGGAUCCAGGGUUCCCCUGACUCAAGGCAUCAAGGAUAAGAUCAUGUCUGUGAUCAGAGAGUACGGCACUGGCCGCGAUACCCUGCGCUGCCUCGCACUGGCCACCCGUGAUAGCCCGCUGAAGAAAGAUGAGAUGAUCCUGUCAGAAACGGCCCGCUUUGCAGACUAUGAGGUGACUGAAUUACUGAACUUAAACGAUACUGUGCUAUGCCAGUCUGCUGUCAUGCUCAUAGCUAUGGAAUAA